GAGAGGAGAAUUAUGAGUGGGCUCUCAAAAAGGUUUGUUCUGUACUCCUCAAAACGGCUUGACAAGUGAUCAAAAACCUCUCAUCAUCCCUUUCCAUUUCUUCUCCCCGCGUUUUCCUUGCUUUUUUCUCUCUGUCAUUCUCAGCGUUGAAGAAGGCUUAAAACCCACGAAUCCCCAGAAAACCAGACAUUCUUAGGAAAUCCAUGAUCAUGGCUGUUCCCAUUCUCAGAUUACCCUUUUUCCUUCCCAUUCUCGCCAUUUUGCUACUCUUCUCCACCUUUCUUACUUCAACAGAAGCGUAUGAUCCACUUGAUCCAAAUGGAAACAUUACUAUCAAGUGGGAUGUUAUAAGCUGGACCGCUGAUGGCUAUGUUGCUGUCGUUACUAUGUAUAAUUUCCAACAAUAUCGUCAUAUUCAAGCCCCGGGAUGGUCUCUGCAAUGGGGAUGGGUUAAGAAAGAGGUCAUAUGGAGCAUGUUGGGAGGCCAAGCAACCGAACAAGGUGAUUGUUCAAGAUAUAAGGGGAACAUCCCUCAUAGCUGCAAGAGGGAUCCAACCAUUGUUGAUCUAUUGCCCGGGACUCCGUAUAACCAGCAGAUUGCAAAUUGCUGCAAAGGCGGAGUUCUCAACUCCUGGGUGCAAGAUCCAACUACUGCAGUGAGUUCAUUUCAACUCAGUGUUGGUGCUGCGGGAACCUCGAAUAAAACUGUCAGAUUACCAAAGAACUUCACCUUAAAAGCACCUGGGCCUGGUUAUACUUGUGGACCUGCAAAGAUCGUUAGACCGACCAAAUUCAUUUCGUCUGACAAACGUAGGGUUACACAGGCCUUGAUGACAUGGAAUAUUACAUGCACAUAUUCACAAUUUCUGGCUCAAAAAACUCCGACUUGCUGUGUUUCGCUGUCAUCAUUUUACAACGACACAAUUGUUUCUUGCCCUAAAUGCUCGUGUGGUUGUCCAAACAACUUGAAGGGAGCCCAAAAUUGUGUGGAGCCAAAUUCUCCGCAUUUAGCCUCUGUUGUUACCAAUGCUAGUUCUAGCAAUAACAAUGUGGUACCUUCGGUUCAGUGUACAAGCCAUAUGUGCCCGAUCCGAGUUCACUGGCAUGUGAAGAUUAACUAUAAGGAGUAUUGGCGUGCCAAGAUCACAAUUACAAACUUCAAUUACGCGAUGAACUAUACAAAUUGGAACUUAGUUGCCCAACAUCCCAAUUUCGACAAUUUAACAACGAUUUUCAGCUUCAACUACAUGUCGAUCAAUCCAUAUGGAACUAUAAAUGAUACUGCAGUCCUGUGGGGAGUCAAGUUCUACAAUGAUUUGCUCAUGCAAGCAGGCCCUUCUGGGAAUGUGCAGACAGAGCUACUUUUCCGAAAGAAUCCAUCGAUUUUCACAUUCGAUAAAGGCUGGGCUUUCCCUCGGAGGAUUUAUUUCAAUGGCGACAACUGCGUCAUGCCGCCUCCAGAUGCCUAUCCCCACUCACCAAACACGGGUUUGAAGCAAGGUGUCUCGUUGUUUACUACGCUAUUGUCGAUUUCCUUGACUCUCCUUUCCCUUUGCCAUUUAUUUGCAUAACGUUUUCCCUGGUAUACUCGAGUCAUUCUGAAGUUUUGAAGUGGAUCGAUCAGUCUGGCACACACAAUUAUUCAAAGAAUUGAUGAAUCUCAGAUAUGGAUGAUGACUUUUAACUACACAAUUGUUUUUCUUCGGUGAACUUUUUCGUGAUCGCGUUCACUUUGUAAAUGUUGUACGAUAUUACAGAAACUCUCUAAGAUUUCCAUGUCUGCAUUGAGAUAAUGCUCAACCAUGGAAACUUGGAACAUGUUUGCAUAUCAAUUGUUGUCAGUAAAUGUUUCUCUGCUACUUUGAUUCA